UUUUUCAUUGGUUGUCCCAGCCAUUGCGUCCGAUGCCGGAAGGGGGAGAAGGAGCAAAGCACUAUGGCGACGACUGAGUCGGCUAGUGGGGAGGGAGCACAAGAGAUGAUGGAGGUUGACAGACGAAUUGAAUCUGAAGAGUCGGGAGAUGAUGAAGGGAAGAAGCAAACAAUUUGCAUCGUAACAGACCUCAGUCAACAGAGUUUAAGGGAUGAGCAGAAUGGAGAGAAUUCAAUAGCUGAAGCAGAGACGCCAGUAGACAUGGAGACAAUUAACCUGGACCCAGAAGCUGAGGAUGUUGACCUGAAUCAUUUCCGAAUUGGCAAGAUUGAGGGUUUUGAGGUGCUCAAGAAAGUGAAGACUCUCUGUCUCCGUCAGAACUUGAUUAAGUGCAUUGAGAACCUGGAACAGUUGCAAAGUCUCCGAGAACUGGAUCUCUACGACAAUCAGAUUCGGAAGAUUGAGAACCUGGAAGCCCUGACGGGUCUUGAGAUCCUGGAUAUUUCAUUUAAUAUUCUACGGAACAUUGAAGGGCUAGAUCAGCUCACUCAGCUAAAGAAACUCUUCCUGGUCAACAAUAAAAUCAGCAAAAUUGAGAACCUAAGCAAUCUACAGCAGUUACAGCUGUUGGAAUUGGGAUCUAAUCGAAUCAGAGCAAUUCAGAAUAUUGAUACGUUGACUAAUCUGGACAGUCUCUUCCUCGGAAAGAACAAAAUCACCAAACUCCAGAACCUUGAUGCGUUAACAAACUUGACAGUGCUUAGCAUACAGAGCAAUCGGUUGACCAAGAUCGAAGGACUGCAGAAUCUGGUGAACCUGCGGGAGCUGUAUCUCAGUCAUAACGGCAUAGAAGUCAUGGAGGGACUGGAAAACAAUAAUAAGCUUACAAUGCUGGACAUUGCAGCCAACAGGAUCAAAAAGAUUGAAAAUAUCACCCAUCUAACAGACCUCCAGGAAUUUUGGAUGAAUGACAAUCUCAUUGAGAGCUGGAGCGACUUGGAUGAAUUGAAAGGAGCCAAGAAUUUGGAAACUGUUUACCUAGAGCGAAACCCCCUGCAGAAAGAUCCGCAAUACCGACGCAAAAUCAUGCUGGCCCUUCCAUCUGUCCGGCAGAUUGACGCCACCUUUGUCCGCUUCUGAGCCUUCUCCUGGCCCUUUUCCCCUUCUUUCUUCCCAAAGUGUCACAGCUGGGACUUUUAUCCGCACUGCACCCUCUGUCUUCAGUCCAUUGACACUUAAAGAGCAAAAGGCCAACAAAGAGCACUGAAAUCCGACCUUGCAUAUAAUGCACACUCUGUUGUCGUUUUUGAAUAUUAUUAUUAAACCUUAACAUGUGAGAUUU